UGGGAUGUAUAUAUAUAUUUUUUUAAUGUCGCUGUUAUCAUUUUCGAUUUAAAUAUAAAAUGAAGUACAAAGUUGUGAUAUACAAAGUGAUUUAGUUCGGGUGUUAAAACUAUCACUGCCUUUAUGUUGGGAGUGGAAAAAGAGUCAUCUCACUAUUGAGCAAAAGAUGGGAAAAAUCCCAAAAAUAUACAGGGCAUUCCAAAAACUACUCAACUGCAGCUUUGAUGGCCAACAUAUGUAUAACUAAAGUUUACACAAUUAAUAUCAAAAAAUAAUAAAGCCAUGUUUCGGUACAUCUUUCGAUCUCACUAUACUCAAGUUCACUAAGGCAAAGGCCGAGCUGGGCAUCCUUGAGCGCUUGGUCAGGCGUGUAGUUAAACCAUUAGCACCGGCUAAUAGUUAAACACAACCAAUUUCCGCUAACUGCAGUCGCGUAGAUCAGUUGACCUUUGACAUUAGCCGGCGGAGGCCCUUUAAUCGCUGCGUGGCCAGCUGCCUCGCAUGCAAAUGAGUGUUGGCGUGUCCCGUGGACGUGGACGUGGACGCUCAAUCCAGUCGCCUGGCCCAUUGACAUUGCCAAACCCAUUCAAAUCUCCCGAUAACGAAGAGCGGUUGCCGGCGAACAGCCACGCUCUUAACCCGUAGUUUGUCAUAUGAUUCCAUACUAAAUUACAUACAUUAAUUUUAAUGUUUUAUAAAUAAGUACGGCAAUUUGAUUAAUCUCUUUAAAUUUAUUGAUUUAUAAUCACAAGGAAAAGCUUUAACUUGUUAUUUAAUAAUAUUUAUUUAUUAUUUCCCAUCCUUAUUUCAAGAAGUAACUAUAAACCGGUUUCUAUAAACUUUAUAAGGAGAACCACUUGGACUGAGCUUGAGUCUGGACAAAUUAAAAGGGUCAAGGUCGUUCAUUUUAACGCUGAGAUAAGCAAUUAACUUCUCAGAAAAAAGAAAAAUAUGUAUGUUUUCUUCGUAGGUUUUUAUAUUCUAUAUUCAAAUAUUAAGAAAAAUGUCAAUAAGAGAUUUGAAUACCAUAACUAUUUAAAUACGGAAAGUAUACAAAAUAAAAUAAAACAUACGUAAGACCUAACGACAAUUUUAUAAUAUUGCAAGAUAUUUUAAGCUGAUGCUUUAAUUUAAUUAGUUCGCCCAACACCCAUCGCAGGGUUAACGAUCACCACUUCACUCUCUUCAUAACUAGCUGCCUUUUCUUUGACAAAAAGAAGCGCAGGCCCUCACCGAAGACACGAAGACAGGUGAACAGCUGGCCCAAUCUUUUUGGGCUCUAUCUUUCGGUAUAAAAGUGCCGGCCCAUCUGCAGUUGGUCAUCAUUCAGCUUGAGCGUCUUGCGACCAGAGCUUACCAAAGCAAAUCCAACGAACUUAAAAAGCCCAAUCAACAAAUCAACAACAAUGAAACUCUUCGUCUUCGCUGUGUGCGCCAUCGCCGUGGCCUCCGCCGAUGUGUCCCACCUGAACCUGGGCAGUGGCUACAGCUACAACAGGCCGACGCCGACCUUCAACAUCCCGUCGGCUCCCGCCCCGGCCUACCUGCCUCCUGUCCAGGACAUCCCUGCACCUGCUCCUGUUUACUCCGCUCCUGCACCUGCUCCAGUUUACUCAGCUCCGGCACCUGCUCCAGUUUACUCAGCUCCGGCACCUGCUCCAGAGUACCUGCCCCCUGUCCAGGACAUCCCUGCACCUGCUCCUGUUUACUCAGCUCCAGCACCUGCUCCAGUUUACUCAGCUCCAGCACCUGCUCCAGUUUACUCAGCUCCGGCACCUGCUCCAGUCUACUCUGCUCCUGUUCCAGCUCCUGAGUACCUGCCCCCUGUCCAGGACAUCCCUGCACCUGCUCCUGUUUACUCAGCUCCAGCACCUGCUCCAGUUUACUCAGCUCCAGCACCUGCUCCAGUUUACUCAGCUCCGGCACCUGCUCCAGUCUACUCUGCUCCUGCUCCAGCUCCUGAGUACCUGCCCCCUGUCCAGGACAUCCCAGCUCCGGCUCCAGUCUACUCCGCUCCUGCUGCAGCUCCAGUUUACUCCGCUCCAGCACCUGCCCCCGUUUACUCCGCCCCAGCUCCUGCUCCUCUUCCCGAGUACCUGCCCCCCGUCCAGGACAUCCCAGCUCCAGCUCCCGUUUACUCUGCUCCUGCUCAAGCUCCAGUUUACUCUGCUCCUGCUCAAGCUCCCGUGGAGUCGGGCUACCAGUACAAUGUGCCCGCCAAGCGUUUCCGCUUCUAAAGUGGGCCACAGGUGGACCCAAAGAGCGCACAGCCAUUCGCGUGGCGACGACUUGUUAAAUUAACAAGCUAGGUCGCCCAUUGUUGUUGAAUAUUUGUUGUUACGCAAAGUUCCCGUUGAGAUUUUAGCUAAUAAAUAAUCAUAAAAAGUUAUUAAAAUGUAA